UUUGGAAUAAACACAAUCUUCUGGCAACAACACCUAUUGGACCACAUGGUUUCAUGACAUUCAACCCGAGCCAAUCCAUAGAAGGGUGUCCAUCGUUAAGAUGCCACACCUACCUGACGAGAUCUGGCUCCAGAUACUGAACUACUUGCCACCACUAGAUAUAUGGCGUUCGGUCCACCUGACCAACACACAACUUGCCUCCGCUGCAGAAGAAGCCAUGCUCAAGCGUAUAAUCGAGAGCUUCACAAUCGGUCUAUCCUUCUCACUCGGCGCAGGCUCACGGCAUCGCUGGUACGAUAUCCGUGGGACCAUCACCUUCCAAUUUAAGGAGAUCAACAAGCAUAACCCGCAAUACGUCCUCUUCGGAUCUUUGCGUGUACAUCCGGACCACGCCUACAGUCGCGCGAUGGAGCGAUGGAAGCGUAUGAGUGCCGACGGGCUCGGUGGGAGGCAGGAAUGGAGGGUUCAGUAUGGCGAUGAGGGCCCGCUUAAGAUGGUGCGGUUGCCGAAGCUGAUUGUGGCCGACAAAGAGGGCAUCUUCUGCGACUGGAAGGAGCUUUUUGAUGUGUAUUUCGCAGAAGAUGGUCUUGUAGAGCCGGGGGCGCAUGUAGCCUGGAAUUCGAGAGCAAAUUGACGUGCUUAUGCAUUUCUGUUAGGCUAAGACUUCGCGACACCUAGAUAUGCCUCUGACGUUGCCCGUCGUCUGCAGAUGAGCGUCACGAACGUAACAUCUGGCAUUACUCUAGACGGUCCGCGAGUCGGCCACCUAUAAGCAAUGCAGGCUCGUAGUGAAGUCAGUCUUGUACGUA